AUGGACAAACAUAUCCACCACCAGCAGCUGCCGCUGGCCAAGUUCGCUCGUCAGCGUUGCAGUGAAUGGGUGUUUCAAGAUGUUCCGAGUGAUAUAACUAUUGAAGUAGAUGGGGGCACAUUCACUUUGCAUAAGUUCCCCCUGGUCUCACGGAGUGGGCGCAUCCGAAAGCUAGUUGCCGAGAACCGAGACAGUGGGGUUUCGAAAAUCGAACUGGAAGGCAUGCCGGGAGGGGCUGAGUCCUUUGAGCUGGCUGCCCAGUUCUGCUACGGGCUCAACUUCGAGAUCACAUCCGCGAAUGUGGCCCGCCUCUAUUGCGCCUCCGAGUACCUGGAAAUGACGGAUGACUACUCGAGCAACAACCUCCUGUCCCGGGCUGAGGAGUACUUGGAGAGCGUGGUGUGCAAGAGCCUGGAGCUGUCGGUACAAGUUCUGAAGCAUUGCGAGUCCCUGCUCCCAAUGGCGGAUGACCUCUGCAUCCCGGCCCGGUGUGUGGACGCCAUAGCCUCCAAGGCGUGCGCAGAGCAGAUUGCAUCCAGCUUCUCGCGCCUCGAGUACAGCAGCUCGGGCCGCCUCCACAUGAGCAAGCAGCUGAAGAAGUGCGACGCCGUGGGAGACUGGUGGAUCGAGGACUUGUCAGGGCUCCGGGUCGACUUCUAUGAGCGUGUCAUUCUGGCCAUGAAGUGCCGCGGUCUCCGCCCAGAAAGCAUUGGGGCCUCCCUCGUGAGCUACGCACAGAGGCAGCUCGUGAGGAAGCAGCAGGAGGCAGAGGCAAACGAGCAUGAGAAAUUCGUGGUGGAGACGAUUGUUGGGUUACUGCCGGUGGAGAGGUUCGCGGUCCCUCUGUCCUUCCUGUUCGGGCUGCUGAGGAGUGCGGUGGUGCUGGACUGCGCUGUCUCGUGCAGGCUUGACCUAGAGAGGCGGAUCGGGUCCCAGCUGGAGCUGGCAACCAUUGACGACCUCCUCAUCCCGUCCUUCCGCCACGCGGGCGACACCUUGUUUGAUGUGGACUGUGUGCACAGGAUCCUCGUCAACUUCUGCCAGCUGGACGACAGUGAGGACGAGGUGGAUGGGCUUGGCUCCGCUUUUGGUUCGGAUGGGGGCCUCUGCUCCCCAUCUCAGCCGGCGCUCUUCAAGGUGUCAAGGUUGGUGGACGGCUACCUCACUGAAAUUGCAGCCGACGCGAACCUCAGGCUCAAUAAGUUUGUGGCUGUUGCCGAGAGCCUACCAGCACACGCACGUACCAUUCACGACGGCCUCUACCGGGCCAUCGAUGUUUACCUUAAGGCCCACCACAGCCUGACAGACGCGGACAGGAGGAAGCUCUGCAAACUUAUAGAUUUCCAGAAACUAUCGCCGGAAGCCGGUGCUCAUGCGGCCCAAAAUGAGCGUCUGCCGCUCCAAUCUAUCGUCCAAGUCCUAUAUUACGAGCAGCUGAGGCUCCGAAACGCCUUGUUCGGGCCCUACCCAGACGAUAAGCCCGUGCACACGUCUUGGAAGGUAAGCAGUGGGGUCGUGAGUGCCUCCAUGUCCCCACGCGACAACUACGCAUCCUUGAGGAGGGAAAAUCGGGAGCUGAAGCUCGAGCUCACAAGGUUACGGAUGAGGUUGAAUGAUUUGGAGAGGGACCACGUUUGCAUGAGGAGGGACAUGGAGAAGACGGGCUCCAAGAGAUUCAUCACCUCCUUUUCCAAGACGAUGGGUAAAUUGAAUGUUUUUGGGAAUGGUUCUUCAAGGGGACCCACCUCCCCGGCCAACCAUGACCCCAAACUGAUGGAGAGAACAUGA